CUAAAAGUACAGCUCCACAAAGUCUUCCAUAUUCCGAGAUUCGAGUGAUUCCUUUUUUGCGAUCGUCUUUGAAUAAAUUGCGAUUUCUGAAUUCGCGAAAAUUUCGGAACGAACCGUAAAAUUCCGACAAUAGUCGUUUGUCAUGCUGGAGUAUGUAUUUUACUGUAAGAAAAGGGAUUUAAAUUUUGCAAUGGAUUUUUGUGGCAAUUUUAUUUCAAAUUUUAACAAGUUAAAAUAAAGAUUUUUGUACAAACUUUUUGCUGGGAUAAAAAGAGAGUACAUGGUGAGUUUAGGAGAAUUGCGAUCUAUGGAAUCAACCGUAAAAUCUCGAGUGAAAUUCAUCAACAGAACGGACAAGGAAAUUGAAAUAUUUUGGAUAAAUUUCUCGGGGCAGGAAAUUUCGUAUGGAACUCUGCAUGCACCGCCGUCUAGGCUCUCAGUGGUGGCAAUAAAUACAUUUGUCACCCAUCCAUGGAUAGUCAGAGACUGUGAAAGUAGGCAGAGAUUAUGGCUAAAUUCGAAAGAGGUUUUUUACCCCCCUCAGCCGAGGGUUAGACGAGUUGGCAGAGUUGCAAUCAGGCCUGAUAGAGAACAGUUGCGAGUUGAAAGAGCUAAUAUCUUCAUAACGAAGCCAGGUAAGCCAGGCAUGGUGUUGCGGUUAUGCUGCUGACUGGAAAGUCUGGAAAUAGACCUUAGAAUUGCUUACGUCACAAUUAUUAAUACAGAGGACUUCUGGAAUGCACAGUGCAUUCUGGGAUACCUUUGGGUCAAUAAUUCAUUGUCUAAUAAUUACGUGAUGUAAGCUAGCAUUUCCAAGGUCCAUUCCACACCCAAGAUUUAAAAAAAUUUGAUAGUAAAUACAUAUAGAAAGCAUUGAAAUUGCAUGAUAUUUCGGUUAUACCCCCGAUAUCUCGGUUAUGGUAACAGGAUCGGAUCAAUUGAAAAAUACAACCCCCAGAACACAUCAGCGAUAUAUAUAGACACCUGCUUCGUUUUGCCCCCAUUGAGUUACAGCACUCUCCCCUUGAAGAGUAAAGUCAUCUGAUGUUAGACAGAGGAAAGGGUUAAUAAACCCUUUCUGAUAAAUCCAUGACAAAUUGAAAGCAAUUUUCUAAAGAAUGGGGCAGUUCUAUCCAGCGCUAACUCAUGGGGGACAUAUACUUGGAUUAGUUCACAGAGUUGGUGGACCAUAAAUAAGCUUUGUUUACACUGCGAGCUCUGUCCUGGGCCUUGCUUUGGUUGACAUAUAUGUAAUAAACCAAACUUCACCUGAAUGAUCUAUUAAUUCUAUGACAGGCCAAUGAUCCAUUGUAAUUGUUUUGAAAAUCCCACUGUUCUCCAUGCCAUCCAUCAUCACUUGCUCUGUUUUGACAUAUUUUAAUUGUUCUGCAAAGGCCUAAAUUGCUUCGACAAAUCAGGGUUAAGUCAAUAAUUUUACUGUCGUUCCAAUUGAAGUGUUGCUCAAAUAUUGAUUCAAUACAUUACCUCGGUCUGACCAAUUCAUUUGAUCAAGUUCCUCGAGAUAUUCAUACACUUCCUGUGAAAGAGCCAAUUCCAAGUAUUUGAUCAUUUCUGGUCCCUUCCUUUCUAUUUAUGAUUGAUUAGUUGCACAAACAACAAAGGUGAUUGGUACAUUCAAACUAUUCAACAGGAAGUUUACAAUUAUACUAGGAAGUGUAUGAAUAUCUCGAGGAACUUGAUGAAAUUAAUUGGUCAGCCCGAGGUAAUGUAUUGAAUCAAUAUUUGAGCAACACUUCAAUUGGAACGACAGUAAGCUUCCUGAUACUUCAAUGUGUUUGAUUAUAUUUACUGAACACUGAAAUUUUUUUGCUGGUUUUUUUUUGUAGUCUUCAAUGCAGAAACACUCAUGGACAUGUGCUGUUGUCGUGUGUCAAAAACCAUGACACUCCAAGAGGUUGACAAUCUGCCCUUACCAAAUUUUAUUAAAACUGAAAUAAGAAGACAUUACGAUAGUCCAUAAAACUUGAAUGUUUUGUGGCAUUGAAAUGAUGGAAUUUGAUAUGUAAGCAGUGUAAAUACGAGUGAGAAUAGGACAAAACAUAUGAGAACCUCUGGGAACCAGGGUAGUGUAAAUAGUCCAGGUUCGAAUUAGUUGAGAAAAAAUUAUGUGCAACUUUUUUUUAAAAAUGUGGCUCUAAAUUUUUAUAAAAUAGGUUUAUGAUUUUUGUAGCUACUGAUUCAAACAUACUCAAUCAAGCUGCAAUAAUUUAAUUUUUUGAAUACUUUUAAACUUUGUUUGCAAUCUUUGAUAUACAAACCUAACACAUACAGUAACUGGCACACAUCAGUCAUGUGUUUGUCUGUCAUGGUGGCUAAAAUUUGACGCCUUCCAGUCUGCAAACAUGCCGCUAGUGUGCAUACAAAAGCACACUUUCUGUUGUGUAUAAUAUUGACUAAGAGCUGUAAAUUAGGACCUGUGGUAAAAUAGAGUUGCAUGUUCAAAGUUUAUGAUGCAUUUCAAAGUUUAUGAUGCAUUUCAAAAUGUCAAGAACUUGUAAGUACGGUAUGUAAUAAAUUAAUAUAGUUUACAGUAUAUAAAAAUAGAUUUUAAUACUGUACAUCCAAUUGUGCUAGUAGUAGUUGUCAGUUAUGAAGUUUAUUAUUUUUACUCUGUCCAACCCCAGAUGAUUUUACCAGUCAAGGGGAGAGUGCUGGGGCUCAAUCGGUCAAUUAUCAGUAAUAAUUUGCAAGCAAAAAUUGUUGCCUUGAUACAGCUGUUACAGUAGUAAAUGAAACAGAUUUUUGUGUUGAAGUUCUCUUUAAUACUGGUUUGUUAGAAACGUUAUCAUACACUCCUCACUCCAAGUUGUUUAUUGUAGCGACUUUGAAACACCUCAAAGUAUUGUUAAAACACUCUGAUAUAUCCACUGUUGGUAUAAAAUUAUACAAAGCUGUUUAUUCUCAACUAGUAAACACACUAAAUUACAAAUGAUCUACAUUUUUUAAAAAGAUUAAAAGAACUAUAAAAUAGGUAAUAAUAGUUUUGCUAACAUGUAAUUAAUACACUUAAUUCUCCUUUUGAAAUGAUAUACAAAUAUGAUUUGAAGUCAAUAGCAAUUAGCAUAAAAACAUUCUUAGUUAAUACAGUUAAGACAGCAAUGCUUGUUUGCUUUGAACUAAGUUUUUUUAAAAACAAUCUAGUAUCUUUCUUUUAUUUCUAUGAUUCAUCCAUGUUUCCAUUAUUUUCUUCACUUCCUUCAUUUGCUUCAUAAAAUGUUGGCUA